GCGAUGGAGACGAACAAGUGGCUAUUUUAAAUUCCCAGAGUUUGACUUUCUUCUCACUUUCGCUCUUUCUCGCGUCUUAGACUCUUUUCCGGAUUCUAUGAAAAGGUUAUCUGAAUGUACCUCUAAGAUGCCAAGGAGAAGCAACACUUCUCCACCAGCGGUGUUGGCAUCAGCUGCUGUUUAUAAUGAAUCUAGUAUUGAACAAAAAGGUGACAGACCCCAAAGAUCGGCAUUCUUGUGGGUAGCCUUGUUCAUACUCCUACUAAAUGGUUCCUGGGCAGUUUACUAUUAUGAGAUUCAGAAUCUCCCUUUGCCUGUAAAUACUGAGCAGGCAGGCAAGCGGGGUUUCUCAGAAAUUUCAGCAAUGAACCAUGUUAAGUACCUGGCAGAAUUGGGUCCUCAUCCUGUCGGUUCAAAUGCCCUUGAUGUUGCAUUAGAGUAUGUUUUGGCAGCAGCUGAAAAUAUAAAACAGACAGCGCACUGGGAGGUUGAUGUUCAAGUGGAUCUCUUCCAUGCUGACACUGGUGCUAAUCGUCUUGUGAGUGGUCUGUUUAAAGGGAAAACACUCAUUUAUUCUGAUUUGAAACAUGUGGUCUUGAGAAUCCUACCGAAAUAUCUACCGGAAGCAGCAGAACAUGUGAUUCUUGUUUCUUCUCACAUUGACACAGUUUUCUCAGCGGAAGGAGCUGGUGACUGCAGCUCGUGCGUGGGUGUGAUGCUAGAGCUUGCUCGAGGAGUAUCACAAUGGGCUCAUGGAUUUAAAAAUGGUCUUAUCUUUUUGUUUAAUACUGGCGAGGAGGAGGGUCUUAAUGGUGCACACAGCUUUAUAACUCAGCAUCCAUGGAGAGAGACAAUUCGUUUUAUUGUUGAUUUGGAAGCUAUGGGGAUUGGUGGAAAGUCUGUCUUAUUUCAGAGUGGUCCCGAUCCAUGGGCUAUUCAAACUUUUGCAAGGGUAGCAAAAUACCCCUCUGGUCAAAUAAUUGCACAGGAUCUCUUUAGUUCUGGAGCAAUCAAAUCAGCCACAGACUUCCAAGUCUAUAAAGAAGUUGCUGGGCUUCCUGGGCUUGAUUUUGCAUAUCUCGAUCUUAGUGCGGUUUAUCACACAAAGAAUGACAAAAUGAAGCUUCUUAAGCCGGGGUCUCUACAACAUCUUGGAGAAAAUAUGCUGGCAUUUCUGGUUGACGCUUCUAUGUCACCUCAUCUUGAAAAAGAAUUGCAGACAGAAGGAGCAACCGGCCAAACCCAGGCUAUUUUUUUUGAUAUCCUGGGAAUGCACAUGGUUGUGUACUCCCAACGCCUUGCAAGCAUGCUAUACAACUCCGUGAUAUUGCAAGCACUUCUAUUAUGGGCGACAUCUUUAUUUGUGGGUCGUUAUCCUGCUGUGAUUGCAUUUGGAAUAACAUGUGUGAACAUUUUUCUCAUGUGGGCAGUUUCCCUGAGCUUGUCAGUUCUAGUAGCCUUCAUAGUACCUUUGAUCAGUUCCUCCCCCGUACCAUAUAUUGCUAACCCGUGGUUAGUUGUUGGUUUGUUUGGUGCGCCUGCCUUAACUGGGGCAGUAGCUGGUCAGCACAUAGGCUUUCUCUUUCUUCAGAGACAUUUGCGUCGCACUUACUCUGCAAGGGAACCUGGUAUGUCUCCAAAUGUUCGAGAAAAUGCAAUAAAGUGGGAGGCGGAAAGAUGGCUAUUCAAAGGGGGCUUUAUCCAGUGGCUUAUCCUUCUUAUUGUUGGAAAUUUGUAUAAGGCUGGCUCUUCAUACUUAGCACUUGUUUGGCUGGUUUCACCUGCUUUUGCCUAUGGUCUUAUGGAAGCAACACUGUCUCCAGUACGGUUACCAAAGCAGCUCAAAAUUGCUACCUUAAUUGUUGGUUUGGCCAUGCCUAUUAUUCUAUCGGCUGGUGUAAUUAUCCAGCUUCUAGGGACAUUAACAGGGAUUUUGGUUCGAUUUGAUAGGAACCCUGGUAGCACACCUGGAUGGCUUGGGAAUCUCAUACUUGCUAUGUUCGUUGCAGCAGUUGUCUGUCUGACACUGGUGUACCUACUUUCUUAUAUUCAUCUUUCAGGUGCAAAAAGGUCAAUAAUUAUUUCAGCUUGUGUCCUACUUGGUCUCUCAUUGGCUGCGGUAUCAACUGGCAUCGUCCCUACAUUUACAGAGGAUAUCAGCCGUGCAGUUAAUGUUGUGCAUGUAGUGGAGACAACAGGAAAAUGUGACGAAAAUCAACCCCCAUUGUCAUAUAUUUCUUUAUUUUCUACCACUCCUGGUAAAUUGACAAAGGAGGUUGAAAGUUUGAAGGAUGAAAAAUUUGUUUGCGGAAUGAACACGAGUGCUGAUUUUGUUACUUUUAUGGUAAAAUAUGGCUGUUUAAGUUUCAAGGACACUGAGAAGGGAUGGAGCAAUAUGGACAUUCCUACACUCCAUGUUGAACGAGAUUCAGUAACGGAUGUUAGGCAAACACGAGUACUAAUGGACACUAAACAUUCAACUCGUUGGUCACUUGCAAUUAACACCGAUGAAAUCAGUGACUUCACGUUCGAAGCUAAUGCAGUGGAAGUAGUCCCAUUGGGUGGAAAGACCCAGGUUGAUGGAUGGCAUAUCAUUCAGUUCGCAGGAGGAAGGAACGCACCAACAAACAUUCACUUGAAUCUUGUUUGGUCGACUAACGUCACACAUCCUCAAGGACCACCAAAUAUAGAAUCAGAAAGCUCAAAACCCUUGUUAAAACUGAGAACGGAUGUGGACAGAGUGACUCCAAAAGUUGCUAGGGUUCUUGAAAAGCUUCCUUCAUGGUGCUCUCUCUUUGGUAAAUCCACGUCUCCAAUGACAUUGGCUUUCUUGACCAGCCUCCCAGUAAAUCUGUAGGUCGACGACCUAUGUUCUAUCUUCAGCUUAUAUUCGGGAAUGGAUAUAUGGAUGAGCCCGUGAGGUUAAGUUUAGCUCUGUAAUAUAAUUCGAACUGAGUAUUGCUCCAUAGAAUAACUUCUAAAUAAAUUCCUCACAGAAGUAGUUGCAUUAUUUUA